AUGUUCCUCAUCCUCUGCCUUUAUUGGGGCAUUGUGUUUCGCAUCGAGGAAAACCUCACCUCUCUCGUCUGUUUUGUUGUCGACUUUGAUGGCAAAUCUGCUCCCUACAACGAUAUCACGCCUUUAGUAGGUCCGACGGUCACAAAAUUGGCGAAUGAGACGCUGUGGAGCCCCAUACCAUCAAUCGGAUAUCAAAUACGCGAUGCAAACGAGUUCGAAUUCGACCCCAUGAAGGUUCGCGAAGCGGUCUAUCACUUCAAGGCCUGGUCAGCAAUCAUCAUAAAUCCAAACGCAACAGCUUUAUUGCAAGAGGCAGUCUCGAUCGGAAACUCUUCCUACGAUCCAACAGGCGCAAUCCAAAUCAUCACCAUGUCUGGCCGAGAUUCAUUUAUGACAUAUAGCUACAUCUUGCCAAGCCUCACGUCCUUCACGUCAAGUUUGACAGAAACAUUCGGCAAAACAUGGGGCGGCAUGGUAAUGGCCAAUGACUCCCUGACAAAGGAGACUCUUCGGCAGGCCGCGAGUGCCGUCAACCCCGGGGUGUCACCUUUGAUGUUAGAUCUGCGGCCGUUCGGGCCGCCUGCGGCAAUUCCGGCAGUUACCUUUGGGCUAAGCUUUCUCAUCGCCCAUCUCGGUUUCACCUACUACCUUGCAGACGACAUGAAAUGCAUUGUGCCUGAGGGUCAUCCUCCCGUGCACUACUGGCACUACGUCAUACGCAGAUAUUUAUCACUCAUGGCAGCCUACUUCUUCUUGUCGCUGGUCUACUGUUUGAUAUCGCUUGUCUUCCAAGUUCCCUUAUCCAAUCCGCCAGCUUCGGCAGUGGAGGUCGCUAAGAAUCCGAACGCUUAUGGGAAAGCCUCGUUCAUCGUCUUCUGGCUGUUGAACUUCUUCGGCAUGGCAGCACUCGGAAUGGCCUGUGAGAACAUGGCCAUGGUUAUCGGCCCUCGAUGGGUUGGUUUGUGGUUAACGUUUUGGACUCUCACGAACACGUUGACCGGAUUCUGGCCUCCCGAUAUUGCCCCAGGGUUUUACCGGUGGGCGUAUGCAUGGCCUUAUCAUCAUGUGAUUGAAGGCAGCCGACAGAUUUUGUUCGACUUGCACUCGCGCAUUGGCCUCAACUUUGGCGUUUUGAUUACGUGGGUGUCGGUUAACACGAUUUUGUUCGUCCCCGCAUGUUACAUCUUGAGGUGGAAAGAUGAAAAAGAGAUACGUCGAAAGGGGACAAAACUUCCACACUUUCACUUGCACAGGUAUGAUUUCGAGAAGCAAAUUCCCAAGCAACCGGGAGUUGAGCCGCCAAGACGGAAAAGGGGGUUUCUUCGGGCUUUGUGA